AUGACCAACGCAAAAGAUGCGAUGGCGGAAAAGCUCCCGUCGCCAGAAGAGCUCAAGGAAGAUGUCAAGGCUGCGUCCAAAUCAUCCAUGCAGUCGCUGCGGGCCCUUCUCGCAGGCGGUGUCGGCGGUGUCUGCGCCGUGGUUGUGGGCCAUCCAUUUGACCUGGUCAAGGUGCGCAUGCAGACGGCCGAGAAAGGCGUGUACAGCGGCGCCAUGGAUGUGGUGAAGAAGACGAUUGCAAAAGAAGGGCUUGCCAGAGGACUGUAUGCUGGUGUUUCGGCGCCACUGGUGGGCGUCACGCCCAUGUGUAGGUCCAUCCAGUUCCUCGUUCCCCCCUGCUUCCUCAUAUCAACAAAACUCCUCAUGGAGUCGAGGAAGCUCAUAAUUCUAUACCAUGAAGCUAACCAUUCCAUCACAGUCGCUGUUUCCUUCUGGGGCUACGAUUUGGGCAAGCAGCUGGUCUCGAGCGUGUCAAAGGUGGAGAACAACCAGUUCAGCGUGGCCCAGGUCUCAGCCGCCGGCUUCUUCAGCGCCAUACCUAUGACGCUCAUUACGGCGCCCUUUGAGCGCGUCAAGGUGCUCCUCCAAAUCCAGGGCCAGAAGCAGCUGGCACCCGGCGAGAAGCCACGGUACUCGGGCGGACUCGACGUGGUCAGACAACUCUACAAGGAAGGUGGCAUGCGGUCCGUGUUUCGUGGCUCUGCCAUGACACUUGCGCGCGACGGCCCUGGCUCAGCCUUCUACUUUGCCACGUACGAGACAGUCAAGCGCAAACUCACGCCCAAGGACCCCGUCACCGGCCAGCCCGGAGCCCUCAGCAUGUCUGCCGUCAUGGUCGCCGGUGGUGCGGCAGGUAUCGCCAUGUGGAUUCCCGUCUUCCCCAUUGACACAAUCAAGUCCCGCUUGCAGAGCGCAGAGGGACGGCCUACCAUCAGCGGCACCAUCAAGGGAAUCCACGCGAGCGGUGGCUUCAAGGCCUUCUUCCCUGGCAUCGGGCCCGCCAUGGCGCGAGCGGUACCUGCCAAUGCAGCGACCUUUGCUGGUGUCGAGCUGGCACAGAAAGCCAUGACCAAAAUGUUCGACCGUGACGGUGAAUAA